GAAGGGCAGGCACUUGCGGUUGUGUUUGUAUCGGAGCUGUGAGAUUAAACUGGGCGGCGUGGUCUCGGUCCGAAGACCCACGUUGUGGUACAAGAUUUACACCAAACCUACCUGCACAUUCUCAAUAACAUUUUAGGCACUCUGUCUGUACGAAAAGGAUGGGAGGCAACAGCAGCAGCCACGUCUCGUAUGAAGACGACCACGUUACUUUUGUGAAGGGCAUUAGGCUGACUGACAAAGUCAUCAAUCGAAUGAGAGAAGAGUGCCAGGCCCAGAAGGUUGUCCAUCCUCGCUCACAGCAGAAUGGACCUGCUUCCAUGCAUUCGACAGAACCUGUGGUCCCUCUGUCCACACCGGCCCCCACAGUCGAUCAUUUGGUCCCUCUUCUGGUCCCCCCUUCCCUGUUUAUCCCCACAGCCCCUCCACCUGUGGUCCUACCCACACCUCCGUCUCCCCCUGUUCAGCCAGUAAAGCUUACUCCUCCACCUCCUGUCACAUUUGUCUCUGCUCCCCCUCCACCUGCGGCCCUACCCACACCUCCCUCUCCACCUAAGGAACCGAUAGUCCGAGCUCCAGCUGUUGAACCUAUUGUUCCACCUCUAGAUACCAAAGUGCUUCCUCAAGGGGCAGAACCCAUACUUCCUCUGGUGCCUUUAGAACCUAUAGUGCCAUCUUUGGCCCCAUCUCCACCAAUAGAAAAACCAGUACCUGUACUCCAAUGUACCCCUACCACUGAGGAACCUGUAGUUCUGCCGACACUGGCUGAACCUAUUAUCCCACUUGUCCCUAUAGAACUCGUAGUACCACCUAAGCCUGUGAAACCUGUGGUUCUAGCUCCUCCAGCUGUGGAACCAAUUGUGCUGCCUCCAGUGGUUGAAUCUACCCCUGACCCUUCACCUGUUGAAGCUAUUGUCCUGCCACCUGUUGUGGUUGAGGAAGUAGCAACACCUACCCUCGUAGAACCGGUUGUCCUGCCACCUGUUGUGGAAUCUGUCACCAUUACGACACCACUUGUUGUUGAAGAGGUUGUCCUACCCACACGUCCACCUGUAGAGCCCCUACCUGUCUCUACUCCUCCGCCUGUUGCAGAACCUCCACCUCCCCCAGUCCUAGCACCUAUCCCAGAGCCUAUUAUGGAGGAACUUCCUCCAGCACCAUGUCCCUCCAUGGAGAUGGCCACCCUGUUUACUGCAUCGGCUGCUAGCAAACCAGCUGAUCUCCCUCCCCCUGUAGAAGAGCCCAUAGCUCCCCCUCCUCCUCUCUCUGCCCCAGUAGAACCCAUGGUCAGCAUUCCACUACUCCCUCUCAUUGAGAACGUGGCUGUUCCAGUCGUGGCUCCUGUUGUGACCCCCACUGUGAUCCCACUGCAACCUCCAUUAGAUGAAGAAGUGCUGAGGAGGCACAUCCAAGCUGAGCUAACGAAGGGCCUGGAAGAGGAGAUGAAAGUGAAGCGGCAGGAGUUUGAAAAACAGUUGUAUGAGGUAAAGGUCCAGGCCAGAGCCCAGGCCCAGGCUGUAGCCCAGGCCCAGAUCCAGCAGGAGGUGAAGAAAAUCCUGGAUCUGGAGAAGGCAGCGCAGGGAGAGAACCUGAUGGAGGCCACCGCGAAGGAACGUAUGACCACAGAGGAUGAGAGACUCAUGGCCCAGCUCUACUGGAUAGAGCUUAAGGCCCACAAACUGGAGGAGAAAGAGAACCAGAUGAAGAAACAGGAUGCACUCUUCAGGGAACAGGUCGCCAAGCUGGAGGAAAAGAGUGCUCAGUUCUUCAAAGUCACCACAGAGAACUUCAAGAAGGGCAGAGAGGAUGCUCACAACACCUUCAAGCGUGUUGACAUCAAGCCAGUGUGUGGUGACCUGCAGAAUCAGAUCCUGAAGUGCUACAGGGAGAACACUGGACAAACCCUCACCUGCUCUGGCAUCGCCAACUUGUACAUGCAGUGUGUGGACAACCACAAGACUAAGAGCAUUGGAGGUUAGAAGAGCCUCAUUUUUCACCUAUGGCAUUACUGUUUAACCAGAAGGACAGGAGCCGGACGCCAUCAGCCAUCGAGACACACCAAAACCAGUUGAACUGUUCUAAGACCAUGACCACCACAGCUGAUGACACUCCUGCUCCACCAUCCCUUCCUCCCAUCCAUGGUUUCUGUAUUAAUCCCCCCCCGAGAGGGUCAGAGGUAGAAUGAGGAGACUGACCCAGUACAGGCUAGAGACUGGUACUGAUGUCAAAGGAUGUGAGGGAGAGCGCACAAUAAGGUUCUUGGGUACACAAAUGGACGGUGUUACUAGCACUACACUGACAGAAAAUGGACAUUGUUACCAUGACUACACUAUGACAGGAAAUGCGAGACAUCUCAUCCCUGACUGGAUAUAAAAUGCUUUAUACAUCUCCACCAAUGGAAAUAUUGGGAUUACGGUUUUGCCGUUGACAGCAGUAUGAAACAUAAUGGAAUGGCCAAGUUGUGAAAGAUAUUGUGCGUUAUUUGUUUGUUGAGUUAAUAUGCACCUAUGCCUUAAUGUCACAUCAAAACACAAAUGUUGCCUAUGCAAAAAAAAAAUGUUCUUUAUUGUUAUAAAAUACAAACACAUAUGGGGGUGGAAACUGACAGGUUGCGUCCCAAAUUACAUCCUAUUCCCUAUGAAGUGCACUACUUCAUAGUGCACUAUGACCAAGUGUGAGGUCUGACCCAUAGGGCUCUGGCCAAAAGUAGUGCAUAGUGUGUAAUAUGGGCCUGACUUCACACUUGGUCGCCACAGACCAAACCAAGGCAAAUUUGGCACUUUUUUCAUGGAGGGUGUGAACGGGAAUUGUUCUGAUCUCAAUAAAUUGUUGUGAAACCCC